AUUUAACCAAACGCAACAUAGAGACAGUUAGAAAAAGACUGCCCUAACAUCGAGAACGGCGGUUUUGUGAAGAACGACGAACAUGGCAACGACGGACUCUCAUAAUCCCAACAGAGCCUUAACGAACACUCGUUUUUCCGAUCUCGAACCCCCACUAUCUGAACCGAUUCUCCAAGCCCUAACCCAAUCUGGUUUCGACUUCUGCACGCCGGUUCAGACCGCCACCAUCCCCUUGCUCUGCCGCUUCAAGGACGUCUCCGUCGACGCCGCCACCGGUUCCGGCAAAACCCUAGCUUUCGUCGUCCCCCUGGUCGAAAUCCUCCGCCGCUCCUCCACUGCCCCCAAACCUCAACAGGUGAUGGGCAUAAUUAUAUCUCCCACAAGAGAGCUGUCAUCACAGAUAUAUCAUGUUGCCCAGCCUUUUAUUUCAACACUGCCAAAUGUUAAGUCCAUGCUUCUUGUUGGGGGAGCAGAAGUAAAAUCAGACAUGAGGAAAAUAGAGGAAGGAGGAGCAAAUAUUUUGAUUGGCACACCUGGGAGGUUAUAUGACAUAAUGGAACGUAUGGAUAUCUUGGAUUUUCGCAACCUUGAGAUUUUGAUUUUAGACGAGGCUGAUAGGCUGUUGGAUAUGGGAUUUCAGAACCAGAUAACAUCCAUUAUAUCUCGCUUACCAAAGCUUCGCAGAACUGGUCUUUUUUCAGCUACUCAAACUGAGGCAGUCGAAGAGCUAUCUAAAGCAGGCUUGAGGAAUCCCGUGAGGGUUGAAGUUCGAGCAGAAACAAAAUCACUCAAUAAUUCACCUUCAUCACAACAAUUAGCCUCUUCAAAGACGCCAUCAAGCCUUAACAUUGAGUAUAUUGAAUGUGAAGCAGAUAAGAAAUCAUCACAGCUUGUUGAUUUCCUUAUUGAGAACAAAUCCAAAAAAACCAUGAUCUAUUUCAUGACCUGUGCUUGUGUUGAUUACUGGGGUGUUGUUCUUCCACGUCUUGUUGCUCUGAAGGGCUUCUCUUUAAUCUCCCUUCAUGGGCAGAUGAAGCAGAAUGCAAGAGAAAAGGCGUUAGCCUUGUUUACAUCUCUUUCAAGUGGCAUUCUUCUAUGCACUGAUGUUGCAGCACGCGGACUAGACAUUCCAGGCGUUGAUUGUAUAGUGCAGUAUGACCCUCCUCAGAAUCCAGAUGUGUUUGUACACAGAGUUGGCCGAACAGCUCGGAUGGGACGACAAGGAAGCGCCAUAGUUUUUCUAUUACCAAAUGAGGAAUUGUAUGUGGAAUUCCUGCGCAUAAGAAGGGUUCCACUUGAGGAAAGAAAAUGCUCUGAUAGUGCUUCUGAUAUUGUUCCUCUGAUACGGGGUGUUGCAAAAAGAGACCGUGAUGUCAUGGAAAAAGGAAAAAGAGCAUUUGUUUCUUAUAUCCGUGCUUAUAAGGAGCAUCGUUGCAAUUACAUCUUGAGUUGGAAAGAACUUGAGCUUGGGAAAUUGGGCAUGGGAUUUGGCUUAUUGGAGCUGCCUUCAAUAUCUGAGGUAAAGCGCCACCCACUUUCUACGGAGGGUUUUACUCCUGUUGAAGAUAUCAAUUUGGACGACAUCAAGUUCAAGGAUAAAUCUCGGGAGAAACAAAGAAAGAAGAAAUUGCAAGCAAAGAAAGCUGUACAACAGCAAGAACAAAAACCCCGGAAGCCUAAACCAACCUCAAAUGCUGCAGCUACUGUUGUGAGGAAGAAAACAGCCAAGCAGAGACGUACUGCUAAUUCAAUUGACGAUGAAGAGGAGAUGAUGCGGGAAUACCGUCUUCUGAAAAAGCUGAAAAGAGGAUCUAUUGAUGAAAGUGAAUUUGACAAACUAACGGGAAUUGAAGAGUUGCUUUGAAAAUGUUAUUCAUGCUCAUACAGGGCUGGGGACUUUAGUGGCACUUCGGAGGGACAAUUUAAGGGCAAGAAAACAGAUGAAUAUAUCAGGAUGCAGCAAAAGAAAAUCAAGGAUAUGUAAAAUCAACUUAUAGAGAGAGAGAGAGAGAGAGAGAGAGCCUCAUCUCUUAGUUUUUGUUUUGGGGGCUAAGGAUUAGCAAGUAAAACUUUUUUUCCCCCCCAUAAUUUUAACAAAUAAAACUUGUGCCGCUUUAUCUUCCUCCUCUUUAUUUAAUUAAUUAAUUUAUUUUCUUUUUCAUAUGGAGUGUCGAAUCCCUAGUUCUGUUAUAAUUUAUCAUUAGCAAUGUAUAACAUAUUCCAUAGUUUUUUUUGUUGAGGUAUCAAGAUGAGUUUGUAACAUUAUGUAUUCCUGUUUAUGUAAUGAUCAAUAAAUUAUGAGGUUCACCAUUUUUGUUUUA